AUGUCUGGAACAUUGGUCGAAGAGCGCAAAACAAUUAGUUUUGUUCCAGAUAUUGUAACUGGAAUUCUUGGUUCCGUUUAUUGUCUUGUUGUCUUAUUUAUUUUGCUUAUUAUUCCAAUACUUCAAGUAGCAUUUGGUGCAGAAUAUCGUAAUCAAUGUCCAAUUAAUUCGAAUAUUCCAGUAUAUCUUAUUGUAUCAGGUGCAUGUGGUAUGGCAACUAUACUUCUUACCAUAAUUAUAGCUAUUGCAUUCAUAUGUUUAUUUAAAAAAGAUUCCAAAGGCACAUCGUUUAUUACUGGAUGUAUCAUUGGUAUUGUAUUUUUAAUUUUAUUUCUAAUGAGUCUUUUCUUAUCUCCGUGGUUUAUUGUGGGUAACGUAUGGAUAUUUGGAGUAUAUUCAACAGUUGAUUUGGAUAAUACAUCAUCAAGACCUUUAGCUGCAAUUCUUGGUUCUGUUUAUUGCCUUGUUAUUUUAUGCAUUCUACUUGUUAUUCCCAUACUUCAACUAGCAAUUGGUGCAUCAUUUCAAAAUCAAUGUCCAGUUAGUCCAAAUAUUCCCACAUAUCUCAUUGUAUCAGGUGCAUGUGGUAUUGCAACUAUAGUUCUUACUAUAAUCAUAACACUUGCAUUUAUAUUGUGUAUUAAACGAGGUACUGCUGGAGCAUCUAUUGUUAGUGGAUGUAUUAUUGGUUUGGUAUGUUUAAUUUUAUUUUUAAUGAGUUUUUUCUUAUUUGCUUGGUUCAUUGUGGGUAAUGUAUGGGUAUUUAGCGUACAUAGUAAAGUUGAUUUGGAUAAUCUAUUAUCACCUAAUUAUUGUCAACGAACAUUGUAUCAAUUUGCUUUCACAAUAAUAAUUAUGACUUACGUUAUGAGUGUUAUAAGUUGCUGUUGCUCAUGCUUUCGUAGUUGCUGUGAAGUUGGAAAAGCACUAAAAACAUAA